AUGGGUCUCUUCAAACGGAAUAAUGCGAGCCAGGAUGGCAGUGAUAGCGUGGGUGAGAAGGGAAACAGGAAACGGCCGGCCAAUACCGCGUUCAAGCAGCAGCGCCUAAAGGCAUGGCAGCCUAUACUCACACCAAAGACUGUACUCCCGACGCUAUUUAUCAUCGGCAUCCUCUUCGCGCCAAUAGGCGGCUUGUUAGUGUGGGGAAGCGGGCUGAUUACUGAGAUCACUAUCGACUAUACCAAUUGCGAUUCUUUGAACAAUAACUCCGAUGCAGCUUCAGCGGCGAAUGCCCUCACAGACGUGCCCUCAUACUCGUACCGCCUCAACGCUGGCCACUCCUCGGCGACAGUCACGUCUCCAAAGUAUGCCUUCAUUAACAAUGGCACCACGUCUGAGGGCCACGCCGGCCAAUGUUUGAUCCAAUUCAACGUUCCGUAUGAUCUCGACCAUUCUGUCCUGCUCUACUAUCGCCUUACGAAUUUCUACCAAAAUCAUCGGCGUUACGUGCAAAGCUACGACUCGGACCAGUUGCUGGGGAAGGCACGAACGGUUAGCGAUCUUGACGACUCGAACUGCAAGCCUGUGGCAGUCAGCAGCAACCGCAAAGUCAUCUAUCCCUGUGGUCUCAUAGCCAACUCCCUGUUUAACGACACGUUCAGCAGCUUGACACUACUCAAUCCUCCUGCUGGAACAUCAAGCACGUACAGCCUAUCAGAGAAGGGGAUCGCAUGGCCAGGAGAGUCGUCGAAGUACAAGAAGCCCGACUACUCAGUUGACGAUAUUGUACCUCCACCAAACUGGCAUGCGAAAUACGGGGACGCCUACACGAACGACACGUUGCCGGACCUCUCUUCGGACGAGCACUUCCAGAACUGGAUGCGCGUCGCUGGUCUGCCAACAUUCUCGAAGCUCUACUCGCGCAACGACAACGACAAGCUCGUCGCAGGCACCUACACUAUCUUGGUCGACAUGAACUUCCCUGUCAAGCCAUACAGCGGCACCAAGAGCAUCGUGAUCUCGACGGUAUCGUGGAUAGGCGGCAAGAAUCCCUUCCUUGGGUGGGCAUACGUUGCCGCUGCAUCACUGUUCGUCGCGCUUGCCAUCGCGGGAACCAUCCGUCAUCUUCUCAAGCCAAGACGGUUGGGCGAUAUGAGCCUGCUCUCGUGGAAUCGCACAUGA